CCCCUAAACCUCUAUAAAAAUCCCCCAAUACCCAACUGAUUCCCCCAAAAGCACUUCCAGUAAGAGAGACACAACUUGAAGAAUUUCUACACAGAAAAACCAAAAAUCCCCCAAAUCCCACUGGUACCCACAGAAGAAGAAGAAGAAAUCUUCAACAAUGGGCGACAUGAUUGUGAACAGCCAAUACCAAAUCCUUGAAGAGAUCGGAAGAGGAAGAUUCGGAACCAUCACUCGUUGCUUUUGUCCGAUCUCCAACAAGUUCUUCGCCUGUAAAACCAUCGCCAAAAACGAUCUCAUCGAUGAAACUGACAAAGAAUGCCUUGAAAAAGAGCCUAAAAUCAUGGCUAUUCUCCCUCCCCAUCCCAACAUUCUUCAAUUAAUCGACGUCCUCGAGAACGACGAUUACCUCUGUUUGAUCUCCGACCUCUGUGACUCCCUUUCCCUUUACGAUCGGAUUAUCCGUCGUCCCUUUUCCGAAUCCGAAGCCGCCAUCGUUAUCAAACAGCUUCUCGAAGCCCUUGCUCAUUGUCAUUCCCAUGGCGUCGUUCAUCGCGAUGUUAAGCCCGACAAUGUGCUCUUUGAUUCCAGGAAUAAUUUGAAACUCAUCGAUUUCGGAUCGGCUGAUUGGUGUGAUGAAGACGGAUUUAUGUUCGGUGUCGUCGGAACGCCGUAUUAUAUCGCGCCGGAGGUUUUGAGAGGAUCUGAGUACGGUCGGAAGGUCGAUGUGUGGAGCGCCGGUGUGAUUCUUUACACGAUGUUGGCUGGAUUUCCUCCGUUCUACGGUGAAUCUGCGGCGGAGGUAUUUGAGGCUGUUCUUAGAGGAAAUCUGAGAUUUCCAACUAGGGUUUUUAGGUCGGUUUCUUCGGCGGCUAAGGAUCUGAUGAAGAAGAUGAUCUGUCGAGAUGUUUCUAGAAGAUUCUCAGCUGAACAAUCUCUCAGACAUCCAUGGAUUUUGAGUGGAGGAGAAGGAACAGCAACUUCAGUUGAAUGAAAUACGAUUUUAACUUCUUUUCUUCUACUACAAUGAAAGGAUGCUAAUGAAAAACAAGCAUUCCAAAGCCAGUUUUGCAUUCCAGUACAUAAUCCCAUCUUGUGAAUAAGAGACCUUCUUCAACCUUCAGUUCAGACUCCAUUAAUGGCUGCCUGCUCCAUCUAUAAAGCCCUAGAGAAAGAGACAGAGAUAACAUUCAGUUGUUGAUUUGAGACUUUGCUUCUGCUGCUGUCAAUAUCUUCUUUCUUUUUUGAUUUCUUCAAUGCUUUGAGAAGCAUUUGAGGCUUUAAUUUUUGGUUUGUUGUUAGGUAAAAAAAAAAAAAAAAUUGGAAUUUGGGAAUCCUUUCUUUCCCUCCCAAGGGCUUUUGUUUUUGUUGUAUAAAGUGUUUGGGAGGUGAGAAAGUCCCACAGAAAAUAGGAAAAAAAAAAUAGAAAAAAAGAGAGAAAAGAGAAGUUGUAUUCCAAUUACUACUACUCUUUUUUUGGUUUGUUUUUCAAUUUUCAAGGAUGUAAUGUGAUGUGAUGUGAUGUGAUGUGAAUGCAAUAUGCUGGGAGUAUAAGUGAUGUUUUAGUGUAAA